UUCCUUCGAGCGUCCCGGCGCCUGCUGGGUCCCCAUUUAUGGCGGGCUCUCCUCUCCGUGUCCCUUUGGGGACAAUUUGCCGUGGGUCGGAGCCCGGCGGCCAUUGAGGAAUUGUCCCAGCUGCUCCGGGCCCGGAGCCUGCGCCUGAUGCUGGCCCUGCCCAUCGAGGGUGAGGGACCCGAUGGCGAGGGCGAGGCCUGGUUUGAGCAGAACCAUGGGGCAGCCCUGGAAUGUGUGGGGCUGGCGGCCACCUCGGGCCCCGAACCCGCAAUGCAGCUCAAGGUGACGGCGCUGCUGAGCCAGAAACUCUGCGAGAAAAUCUCGCUCCGAUUGGCCGAGCCGGAAGGGGCGGGGCUUAACCCAGAAGAAGUGGCGGCCAUGUUGGGUGGCCAGGUGCCGGAGCUCACCUGGCUCAGCCCGGCCGAGAAUCAACACCUGGGGAGGGGCCUGAGGAGGCUCGAGGAGGUGGCGCAGGCAGCCGUGGCCCGGGGCGUGCAGGUGCUGGUGGAUGCAGAAAUGUCUCACCUGAACCCCGCCCUCACCUGCCUCACCUUGGGGCUCAUGUGGAGACACAACCGAGAGGGACCCCGGGCCUGGAUCUGGCACACCUGGCAGGCUUACCUGAGGAGGCACCGGCUGUCGCACACGGACGAGCGGCCGUUCCAGUGCCCCGUGUGCCAGCAGAGGUUCAAGAGGAAGGACAGGAUGGCGUCGCACGUGAGGUCGCACCAGGGUCACGUGCACAAGCCCUACGCGUGCGGCCACUGCGGGAAGAGCUUCUCCAG